AAACUGUGACAGUGUGUGUCUGAAGUAAAGCUUCGCAAUAUAAUUAUUUAGCAAUUUGUGUCGUCAAAAAUAGACAUGAACGACUACGAACUGGAAACCAUGCUCCGCAUAAACAGCAUCAUGGUGAUCAGAAAACUAGGAUCCGGAUCCUUCGGAGACAUCUACGAGGCCAAGCACAUGGGGUCAGGACUCCACGUAGCCCUCAAGGUGGAGCGCAAAAAUGCCGGCCAAUCGCACUUGAGCAUCGAGUCCACGGUGUACAAUCUGCUGAGACAUGGUAUGGGAAUCCCGAUGACGUACCAGUUUUUCUCAAACAGGCGGCACGACGUGCUGGUCAUGGAGUUACUGGGCCCCUCGUUGGAGACGCUAUUCACGAUGUGUAAUCGCCGCUUCUCCAUGAAGACUGUACUCAUGCUGGCUGACCAGAUGGUGGACCGUUUGGAGUACCUGCACCUCCAUCACUACGUGCACCGCGACAUUAAGCCGGAAAACUUUCUGAUGGGCGUUGGCCUGACCAGACACCGGCUCCACCUCAUCGACUUCGGCCUAUCCAAGCGGUACUGGGACAUGAAGGAGAACAGGCAUGUGCCACAAAGGCGCGGCACAAAGUGGGCCGGCACCGCCCGCUACGCCUCCGUUAACGCCCUUUGUUGUAAAGUGCAGUCCCGGCGGGACGACUUGGAAUCGGUGGGCUACGUCCUCAUUUACCUUUUGCGAGGUAGCCUGCCCUGGCAAGGCCUCUUGCCCAACAGCAAGUUGCAGAAGGCGGAGAUGAUCUUGGAAAUGAAGCUGUCCACCUUGCCGAAUAGCCUGUGUGCUGGAUAUCCAAACGAGUUCUACAACUAUAUUAUAUACACCCGGCAACUGGGCUUCGAAGAGGAACCGGAUUAUCGGAUGAUUAGGUGCACCUUCUUGAGUUUGCUGUUUAAUCUGAAGUUCACCAAUGAUCUCAUCUACGACUGGGACCACGCCGAGAAGAACAGUGGCAAGAGCGGCUCGGAGGAAGAUAGGGUGGUGGUGAAAAAGGUCGUCUAAGGGCGGCGGACUGCUGGUAGUACGAUGCAUAUUCCAUGUUGAAUAAAACCGUCCGACUUUUCUAAAUGUCACAAAUGCCAAUUUUGAAAUACACAAACUGCCAGCUACC